UCUGUAUAUUGCGCGGCUGGAAAUCACGGUGAUACCAGGCGAUACGGGCGGUAAUGGACGCCGCCUUGGAAUCUCCGCGCCAACUUGGACAGUCUUCCCCUCCAUCUGUCAUUCACCUUCUCUCCAAUAAUCUACUGCUGCACUAGUAGUUGGUCCCCAUCGCCAUCUGCCCUUUCGCUGCGGUCCUCUUUCCAACCCAUCCCACUCCGGCUGGAUGAUUACGGGGGUUUUCUUUUUCUUUUGCUAAUUUCCCGCCUUGAGCGCCAACGAGACCACACCUAUCCACCGCAACAUCCACCAUGGGCACCGUCGUCGACGCCGAACAGGCAAGGAAUCUGUCGCUUUUCCGACCCCUAGGUUACCAGCGUAACUCCUGUGGUUACUGUAAAUCCGAGGAUGGCAGUGCUUCCUACUACACUAGUUCGGUCGCGGUACGGCCGGUCCAUUACGAGGAACUGGUCAACCGUGGUUGGAGACGGUCAGGCACGCUUUACUACAAGCCGAACCUGCAGAGAUCAUGCUGCCCGCACUAUACGAUGAGGAUGGAGGCGUCGGCCUUCAAACCCAGGAAGGACCAGCGAAAGGCAAUCAAUCGCUGGAACAAGUUUAUCUUGGGCCCGGAGUACAUCCGCAGGGCGGCUUACCUGUGUCCCAAAAGCCGGGGAGAGAAGAAGCAUCGAAAGCAAACGUUUGACGUUUCGGAUGUCGUGCAUGAGGCCGAAUACAGCAACGUGAAACGGCCUCUGGAUCCCAAAACCAAGAAGCUCCUAGAGCCGGCCCAUCGAUUCGAGGUCAACAUCGAGGGCGAUUCCAUAUCACAGGCCAAAUUCGAUCUCUUCCUCAAGUACCAAACGACCGUGCACAAGGAAGAUGUAUCCAAAUGGCAGACCAAGGACUUCAAGCGCUUCCUUUGCUCAGGGAUCAAACGCUCCCCCGCGAAUCCGCAGUCUUCGGAGAAAAAGCUGGGUUCGUAUCAUCAAUGCUACCGAUUGGACGGAAAGCUUAUCGCCGUGGCGGUCCUGGACCUGAUGCCGAAUUGUGUCAGCUCCGUCUACAUCUUCUACGACCCGGCUUACGAGCAGUGGGAAUUCGGAAAGCUCAGCGCGCUGAGAGAAAUCGCCCUGACCAAUGAAGGUGGAUACAACUAUUACUACAUGGGCUAUUACAUCCACUCCUGCCAAAAGAUGCGCUACAAGGGCAACUUCCGACCCCAGUACAUCCUCGACCCAGAAAGCCACACCUGGGAACCCCUCGACGGCGAACUCUCCAAGAAGCUCGACGAACGCCCAUACGUCUCCCUCUCGCACGAUCGACAACUAGCCGCAGAGAGCUCGCAGGAACCCGACCCCGCAGCCGACAUCAACGACGAAGAAGCCUCGCUCUUCGACCUGCACAUGCCCGGCGUCUUGACCCUGGAGCAAGUGAAGGCGCUGGACCUGGACCACUGGCUUCUCCUGGUCCAUGGGACGUUCGUGCAUAUGAUUGACCUCGUCGGAUGGGAAGACAUGCCAAUGGAUAAUCCGCAGUCCGUGAAGGGGAUUAUUGCGGAGUUGGCGGCGGCGCUGGGGCCGGAGGUUUGCAAGGAAAGUGCGGUGGUUUUGUUCGACUAGAUAGG